GAUUCAGUCGCCAGUCUCCUUUGGAUAGAAUCGCCUCCUUGAAUGAAUCAGACUUGAGUCACUCAGUCUCAGUCCAGUCUUCUUCAGUGUCUGUGCAGUUUGGAAACUCGGAACGCGAACGCCUCAGCAUGGCAGUUCGUGUGUGUUCCCGUGGUAACCGUGUGGCUCUGCACACGCUCAGUAGGAGCGUGUCCCACAGCAGUGUGUCGGUCGAGACACUCAGUGAGCUGGAAUCACACACACACACUCCGUUUUCCCGCUCUGCCAUUGGUACGUUCUUCCAGGAGCAGCCCCUGCUCACCAACCCGUUUACCCAGGAUGCACUGCUGCGAGCGUACCUGCAGCGCCACCUGCCCGUGCGGGAGGUGCAGGAGGAGCUGAUGCGCUUCGGGGAGCGUGUGGUGUGUGAGGUGGAGGCUCUGGGCCGCCGGUGCGAGCUCAACCCGCCGGUCCUGCAGCGCUACGACCCCUGGGGCCGACGCCGCGACCGCAUCCUCACCUGCGACGCCUGGGCUCACCUGAGGCGCAUCUCCGCACACGAGGGCCUGGUGGCCGCCGGAUACGAGCGCACCUACGGGGAGUGGAGUCGUGUGUAUCAGAUGAGUAAGAUGUACCUGUUUGCUCCGUCGGCUGGACUCUACACCUGCCCGCUGGCCAUGACGGACGGAGCUGCUAAAGUCAUCGAGACUUUAGGUAUGCCGAACAGAAAAGCAUUUGAGCGUCUGACCACACGUGAUGACAAGAGAUUCUGGACGUCAGGACAGUGGAUGACCGAGAGGAGAGGAGGAUCUGACGUCUCGAGCGGUACGGAGACGGUUGCCAAGCGACAGCAGGACGGAUGGUUCAAGCUGUAUGGUUUUAAAUGGUUCACGUCGGCGACGGAUGCUGAUAUGACGCUCACGCUGGCCCGUGUCACAGAUGAACAUGGACACACUACACCGGGCAGCCGGGGUCUGUCUCUGUUCCUGGCGGAGGUGUGGGACUCUGACGGCUCGACUAACGGGAUCGAGGUUCAGAGGCUGAAGGAUAAACUGGGGACGCGGCAGGUGCCGACGGCAGAGCUGCUUCUGGAUGGCAUGAACGCGCGGCUGCUGUCCGAGGAGGGGCGCGGCGUGGCCUCCAUCGCCAACAUGCUGACCAUCACUCGCAUCUACAACACUGUGUGUGCAGUGGCCGCCAUGAGGAGGAUUGUCCAUCUGAGCAGGGAAUACGCAUGCAAGCGUUCAGUGUUUGGGAAGAUGCUGAAGGAUCAUGCGCUCCAUGUGCAAACACUCAGCAGAAUGGAGGUGGAGACUCGCGCUGCGUUUCUGCUGACAAUGGAAGUGUGUCGACUGCUGGGUCGCGAGGAGAACCAGAGCGCCAGUGAGAGAGAAACACUCCUCCUGAGACUGAUGACUCCUGUCGCCAAACUCUACACCGCUAAACAGGCGGUGUCUGUGGUGUCCGAGGGUCUGGAGUCUUUCGGUGGUCAGGGUUACAUUGAGGACACUGGACUUCCCUCCAUGCUGCGCGACGCUCAGGUGUUGAGUAUUUGGGAGGGCACCACGAAUGUUUUGUCUCUGGAUGUCCUGCGCUCGAUGGCGAAGUCCUCCGGCUCGGUUCUCCAGGCGUUCUUCAGCGAUGUGGAGGCGCGUCUGCUGGCGGCUGAAGCCUCUCCCGUCCUGCGUCCUGCGCUCGCGUGUCUCUGCGCGUCUCUCUCGGCGCUGAAGCGUUUCUGUGCGACGGCGGCGUCUCGGCCCGCGGGAACAGUGGAGCUGGCAGCGAGAGACCUGGCCUACAGCCUCGCGCGCGUCUACAUGGGAGCUCUCCUGGUGGAGCACGCCUCGUGGGAACACGCCACACACACCGACGUCUACGCCGCCCUGAGGUGGUGUGAUCAGGAUUUGUGUCCAGUGGUCAGUCGAGACGCUUCAGGUUGUUUUGACUCGCAGACGACAGCAAUGGAUUCGGCGCUGGUGUACGACGGCCUGAAGCUUUAAACACACACACUCUCUCUCACACACACACUCACAUUAUAUUGAUUGUGACACUCUGGCGGAGCUCGAGUUCGUUAAGCUUUAGAUCGAGGUUUCUUCAUGUCAGUUACUCACAUUACUCACGUAUAUAAGAUGUUUGUAAACAUUGUUUUAAUUCUGUUGAAUAAUUGCUUCAUAAGUGCUGUGAAUAUUGUUAAAUAACUGUGUUUCACAUGUUCAGAGGACGACACAAACCAAACCAAGCUCAAGCCAGUGUCCUGCACACACACACACACACACACACACACACACACACACACACACACACACACACACAGUGAUUCUACAGUACACUCUUCAGAUGGCAGAGGUUUAAGGAAAGACUUAAGCAGAUCAUUAUAAGAGUCCAGAAGCGUGAGUGUUUCCGAAGCGCUCUUCAUCUGCUCUGACUGUGGCAACCGCUAAUGCUGAUCUGGGAUCUGUGUGUUUGUUUCUAGCAGAACGCAUUUAAAGUCUCCAUCAAAUCCAAACUGACAGUUUUUCAGGGAAUAUUGCAGUUUAUUGUAAAUGACUGAUGCACACCAUUAUUGUAUUAAAUUGAUGUUCCUGGUAAUUUUGAA